AUGGCUUUGAAAAGGAUUUUGAUAUUUUUGAUGCCUGCAAUUGUCGUUUAUGCCCAACCCGCAUGCACGAGUUGUCCACCAAAUGGUAUUUGGUCUCAAUGGGCUGACACAUCACAAUGCACAGCAACUUGUGGUUUAUGGGGAACGAAGAAUCAGGCGCGCAGCUGCACUUCUGCGCCAUUGGGAUGUCCCUGUGAUGCG